CUCAUGGAAUUGCGACAAUUUGUGAGAAAAGAUAGAACACGAAAAUGAUCAGACAGUGCACAUUUUCAAUGAGAUUUAUGCACGCGGUGUGUAUGUUAUUUCUGUUGAUGUGUUGCUGCGAAAUAUAUAUAUGGAGGUCGUGGUUUUGGCGAAUUUUGCGAGUUAACACCGCAAAUCUUACGAUUUCGAAUGCGACCCGUUAUGAAUUAAACAUAAAGUCUUCUUCAGUGGAAGAGACAGACGUUAAGAUUCAGAGCGAAUGCUUGAAUGGAAUUGUUUUCCGUCAAGAAAAAGUUCAGGAACACGCUUGGUUGCCGGUCGAUCAAGGUAUGAACGCAUACGUAUUCUCCGCCUUCUAUGACGCUGAAACUAACAGCGUUCUUCUGAUUGGGUUAAAACUUUCUGGUGUUAUCUUGCGCUACACGUGUCAACUGUGGUAUGCCAACGGCACUGGGCGAGGUCACGUGAACAGUCACGUGUUUAGAGAAAGUAAGAUGGUCGUCGAUAAUGCAUAUGGCGAAUCGCACGAAAGAAGGUACACCUCUGUUCGUUUUAAAUGUUUUUCACCACUUGGGAAAAAACCGUCAUACGUUUCCGCGGUUGAAACUCCAUGCCGUGAACCUUCUAAUCACAUCGCUGUAAAGUCCAUGGAAAUACCCAAAACAUAUAAACGCAGAUUUACCGUGUGCCUUAUGCCUCUACACAACAACUUUAACGACUCUUACGCUCUGGUGCAGUGGAUUGAGCUGAAUCUACUGCUUGGUGCUGAGAAUUUUGUCGUUUAUAAUUACUCAUCAUCUGCAAACAUUCGGACAAUUUUAGAUCUGUACACUAAACGAAACAUAACUGAAGUUGUUCAAUGGUCAAUUCCAGUAGAAGAGGUACAUUAUUUCGGACAGGUGGCAGCGAUCAACGACUGUCUCUAUCGCAGCAAGCACGAUUCGGAAUUCCUUGUGAACGUAGAUUUAGACGAAUAUAUAAUCCCGAGAUAUAAUGCCAAAACCUGGUCUGAUGUAAUCGCUAAUUCUUCAGAAAUAGCUUUCGUUUUUCGUAACGUUUUUUACCGAAAGGACGUAUCGAGCAGAGAAAAUGAUUUUCCAAACAAACCUAUGGCUGAGGAGUACAAGCUAUCGACGUUGCUUACAAGCGUGCAUGACGCAAAAAUAUUGCCUCACAAUCAACGAUCUAAAUACAUUGUACGGACGUCUAAAGUGAAUGUACUGAUGAUUCAUGAAGUUCCGUUUUUCGGUAAUGGUGCGCGCGCAUUAUUCGUUUCUCCUCAUGUGGCAAGUGUUCAUCACUACAGGGAUGAUAAAGCGGACCAUGAUAAAUUUAUUCACGAUGACACUGUUCUUCAGAAAUAUGGACAGCAGUUAAUUGAAAACGUAAAAGACACAUGGGAACAUUUGUCAUAGAACAUAUUGACACGGAAUAAAAACGUGUCGCUCUUUUUUUACUUGUUGGGUUUGUUUAAUGUACUUGUCUGUGUUUCAAAGUAAAAAAUGAUUGUUAAUGAUUUA